AUGGCUUCAGAUUCUGAAGCAGAUUGGCUAGUUGAAGCCGACUCAACCUCGCCACUUACGGAAACUGAUUACAGCUAUCAGCUGGCAACUUAUGCUAUCGCACGGCACCCUGAAACAUUCAACCACAUACUUGAAUCGACCGAAUACAGGGAAUGGGUCAGGUCCAGUCCACAGACACUAUUCUUUUUCUCGGAACCCGGGGCCGGUAAAUCUGUUGCCACAUCCCUACUUAUCCAAGACUUGAUCUCUAGAUACAGUCGAAAUGAGACAGAAGCUGGAUCAUCUAGUGAGCAGAGCGAACAAGCCACUGCCGGUGCAGCUUAUAUCUUCUUCGAUUCACUCCGCCAUGAGGAACAGAGUUACGACAACAUAGCCCUGUGCAUCUCAGAACAGCUCGCCACCACAAGAUGUGGUCCAAAGAGGCCGAAGCGGCCGGAAUGGAUGCCAAGUCGCUAUGGCGGUAUGCCUAUUAGCACUUUGUCCGAGGAUGGUGUGUCCUAUUUCCUGGAAGAGCAAAUCGUAGGACAUGGCAAACACUCGACAGUCUUCGUCAUUCUGGAUGGACUGGACGAAUGUACAGAAACCGCUCGUACACCUUUGCUUUCUCUUUUGGCAAAGGUACAGACGGACAAUAUUCCCCUGAACGUGAUGGCAUCAUGGCGAACAGGUUGGGCUCCGGCUACACAAUUUCAGGAUUUGUUCCAAAACGUGAGAGGACUUGAAGUUUUCGCCUUGAAGCAGGAUUUGCAAGUUUACGUUACUCAAAAUCUACCAUUUGAACUUCAGAGCCAGAAAGCUUUGAUUCACAAAAUUGUGGCGGCGGCAGACGGAAGGUUUCUGUUCGCUAAACUCUGUCUUAACAUCCUCAAGUCGACUGAAUCAUCGCAGCAACUCGAUUAUGCCGACUCGAUCCCCACUUUGGGUACUAGUUACGAUUCGCUGUACGCCGAGGUUAUGAAUCAGAUCGCUUCACAAACCCCCCACCGAGCACAUGUGGCCCAGAGCUGUCUAUCAUGGCUCACAUUUGCGAAAAGACCGUUAUCUGCGCUGGAAGUUCAGGAAGCGAUGGUGGUGUCCAUUAACGGGAACAUUGGCCCUGGAUUUGAAUAUCAUCCUGUCGAAAUUCCAUUCAUGGUCUCCUCCUGCGGCGGACUUGCUCGUAUUGAUUGUAUUAACGGAACUGACUAUAUCCGGCUGCUUAACCGAACGACACAAGACUAUCUUCUUCGACGACUCUGUCACAGCGAGAAUGAUGUGGGGGUCUCUUGUAUUCGAUAUCUCUUAAGCAGAUCCGACGGUGGUGCUUGCCAGACCGACGCAGAUUUUGAGAAGCGGCUACAGUUCAAUCCGUUAUAUGACUACGCUGCGCGACACUGGGGGCAACACGUGCAAAGUAUCCAGACGCCGCUUCUUUCUGACACGACGAUUCGAGACUUUCUAGCUGAUCGCACAAUGUGGGAGGGGGCACUUCAGGCCGAAUACGCAGGCACGAAAAGUCGUAAUCGUAUCGGAGAUAUCAGUUCAAGAUAUCCUAGGAUGACGGAAACAAUUCAUCUUGCGACGCGAGCUGGCGCAGCUAACCUCGUCGCAGCCUUACUUGCAAAAAGUACUAGGCCAAACUUCAUUAACUGUCAAGAUAAUGAUGGUAGUACUGCACUAUCCUAUGCCGCUUACGCAGGGAACAGUGCUAUACUUGAAAUGCUUUUGGCGAAUCCUCAUGUGGAUGCCGACAAGAGAGACUACAAUGGUCGGACUCCUAUAUCCUAUGCUGCAGAAAACGGUCAUGCACUGGUCGUGUCACGACUCGUUGAGCAUGGUGCGAAUCCGAAUUGGAAAGACUUAGGAAGGACUACUCCCUUUUGGUAUGCGGUGCAACGCGAUCAUGUGGCAGUGGUAAAGGUGCUCAUUGAGACCGGGAAGUUAUCAGAAUUGAGCUUAAAGGAAGGAUCAGGAGAUGCUACUGCCCUUCUGGCCUCCGCAUUAGAGGAUGGGUUCCAUGAGAUCUCGGAGAUGCUGGGGGAUGCGGAUGGUAUUGAUCCUUAUGCCUGCCCUGGGUAUGAUUCUACCACAGUCCUUGGGUUGGCAAUUCGCAAUGGACAUGAAAGCAUGGCUCUGAAGUUUAUUGACAAGCACGGAAUUGGCCACCAAUCCGACGAUGAUCAACCUGGCGUUAAGCUACUGGCUGAAGCAGCUUACAUUGGGAGCACGAAGCUUACUGGAACGUUGCUCAUGACACACGGAGUUGACCCAAACGCGAUAUGGAUGGAAGACCACUCCUACAAUCCCGACGGACUCACGCCGAUUAUGCUAGCAGCGCAGCAGGGACAUGGUUCAGUCGUCAGACUGUUGCUAGAUCACAAGUCCAUGCAACUAGACGCGACGCACAGUUGUGGGACAGCGCUGUCUCUCGCUGCGGCAAACGGACAUAUCGAAAUUGUGGAAAUGCUCAUGGAGGACGGUAGGAUUGAUAUAAACCAGAGGAGUGAAGACGGAAGUACUCCUCUACACUUGGCGACCUCGGUUUCUCACAAGGAGGUUGUGGAGGCUCUACUCAGGAGCGACACAAUCGACGUGAACAGCCAAAACUCACGUGAAAUAACACCGCUACUUGCAGCCGUGGGUGCAGGCUUUGUGUUGUACGGUGGAAAGCAAAGGUUUAAUGACGUGGCUGUGAGAUUGGUGUCUGACGCCCGCGUCGAUGUGAACUGUAGAGAUAAUGGCGGUUAUACUCCGCUCUAUUGGGCGGCCCAAAACGGUCUCACGGGCCUCGUCGAAGCGAUUCUUAACCAUGUCAAGGCAGAUAUAGGCCUUGAAGACGAGGAAGAGGCAAUCUGCGUCGCUAUUGAUAAUGGCCAUAUCGAUGUGGUGAAGGCCUUUCUCAAAUCAGGUCGUACGGAUAUAAACAAGCUCUUAAAGAAUGAGCGCGGUCAUCUCGAAGGCACACUACUUUCAAUAGCCGCGUAUAAAGGAAUGGAGGAUAUUGUUGACCUACUACUUUCGAAACCUGGUAUUGAGCCACACAAACCGGAUGCACGUGGUCGAACUUCCUUGGCUAUGGCCGCUUUUGGGGGUUCCGUAAAAACUGUCGAAAAACUGCUCAAGAUCAAUAGAGUUGACCCAAACUCUCGGGACCUGUUAGGAAGAACACCUCUACAUAUGGUGGUGAAGUUGCACCGACCUAUGGAUACAAUUCAAGCCCUGCUCCAAGCAAAAGAUAUUGAUCCAGACCCUGUCGACAACGAGGGCAGGACUCCACUAUCAAUACUAUGCGGAAACAACAAUGGGGCUAUGUUAGACUCCCAGAACUUAGAGUCAAUCAACCUACUCUUGGCAUGCAGUAAGGUAAAUCCUAACUCAAAGGACGCCCUUGGGCGAACUCCUCUUGCAUGGGCCGUUGAAACAGUCGCCAAUGAAGUUGAUGCGCCUAUCAGCGUGGAGAUGAUACGAGGACUUCUCCAAAUUCAGACGGUAGACCCAAACGUUGAAGACGGGGAAGGUCUCACACCUCUUCUUCGGGCUAUUCGUGGAAAUCAUGCUAACGAGAUGGUGCGAGUUCUGCUUGAGCGUGAAGAUCUCGAUGUUAACCGUCCCAGCCGGGACGGACUUACACCCAUCGCGUUUGCGAGUAAGAUAGGUGAUGCUGCAGUUGCUUCGAUCCUGCGCAAAAAGGGGGGUUUUUGGGAAGAAAAUGAGGAGUCUGAAGCUGCCUCCGAUUGUGAGUCCAGUACCUCAGAUGCUGAGGGUGUUGUGGGGAGUCAAAUAUUGUCACCAACAGGAGAGGAAUCGGCUGGUUCGCAGAGCAGCUCACAAAGACGGGAUUCGUCCGGCAAUUCCGAGAUGUCUAUGACAUCAUACAAAGGAAUGGAAGUCCACUAUCAGCUGAGUAGAAACAUUGUUCUGCCUCUGAACGCGUCACAACAUGUUACACCAGACGAGAGUGGUGACAUGUGCGAAAGGUGCAGCGCCAUCGACCUCGAAGACGCAUUUUCUAUACGGAAUACUGAUAAAAGGGGGCGCGUGAUUGUCGAACUGGGCAAAGUACGCACAACUUGGAUGGCAAGGGAUUGUCCAAUGUGUCGACUCAUUGCGGCCAUGGCCUCACGUUUCCAACUUGCUGGUAAUAGUGAUGCGGGAGACGAGGAUGGCUGUGAUCUUGUACUGAUUGCUGUAUCAAGUACGGGGACGUGGCUCUGUGAAAACCGGGAGGAGUUAUGGCAACACUUCCUCCAUCCCUGGAUCGACACCAUGUUACUUACUCUCCUUCCUACGGCCAUACGUGAUCGAACAGACACCCUGAUGAGUCUAGACCGUGUCCGUUCUGUUUUUGAGACGGGCUUUAUCGGCCGCCUUGGUUCCAACUGCGAGCAUGGCACAAGAUCGAUUUCCAUUCAUCGAGUGGAUGCCAAGGUCGACUAUGCUGUUGCUAAAGAGUGGAUCACAUGUUGUCGAGAGGAGCAUUCAGUACGAUGUAAUACUCAAAGCCUGGUCCCCAUACCCCAUUUUUGGCUCAUUGAUUGCACGACCCGUAAGAUAGUCGAGCAGGUCGAGCAAGUUCCCAUAUACGCAGCUCUGAGCUACGUAUGGGGUGUUCCGGCUUUUGCCGGACUUGGGAUGAAGGAUCCAUUGGAAUCUAGCGACAAUAGCAUUCCAGAGGGUGCUGAGGCCGUUGUCGAAGAUGCCAUCAAGGUGGCAUUAGGACUUGGAUAUAAGUUUCUGUGGGUGGACAGAUACUGCGUUCUUCAAGACGGGGAUUCGAAGAUAAAAGCUGAACAGUUGCAAAGCAUGGACUUGGUAUACACGAAUGCCGAUAUAACUUUGGUGGCGACAGCCGGACAGGCAUCAUCGGCAGGACUUCCUGGCGUUUGCAGCGAACGUCCUAGGGUACCGCAGCCUUGUUUGAAGAUCAAGGGCCAUGCAUUGACAUUGAUAGCCCCUGAUCCCGCCACACAAAUCAAGUCUUCAGCGUGGAUGACGCGGGGGUGGACCUACCAGGAAGGGCUGCUGUCUCGCCGCCGUCUCUUCUUUUCAGAGACUGAGAUGUCUUUCGAAUGCGCUGAUCUCGUUGCUCGUGAGGCUAUGCGACUGCCGUACGUUAUCCAAAGAGCCAUGUGUCAUCGAGAACUGCGUAUCAUGAGACCCUCGUGGGUCUACAGUGAACGAAAGCUUAUAUCACGACUCAUGGGCGGGAGUGAUUUAUUCAAUCUCCUAGCUGAUUACACAGGGCGGAAGCUGACAUAUAGACACGACGCGUUGAAUGCGAUGCUGGGCGUACUCAGGGUAUAUGCCGCCAAAGAACAGAACCCAAUUUACCACGUCUGUGGCGUGCCUAUUAUCCGGGACCCAGAGAUUAACCAUGCUUCUCGACUGGCCGGUAGUGAUAUCGGCGAUGAAGAUGCGAGUAUUGCUCUACUGGGCUUCGUGAGUGGACUUUGCUGGACCCUCCAGUAUCCAGGAGUCCGACGGUUCGGGUUUCCCAGUUGGUCGUGGACUGGAUGGGACGGUGUAGUCGACCACUGGCGUGGAUCUCCUAUGAAAGUUUCAUUUGCCGAAGGAUUCGACGUCGAAGUUUCUAUCGCGGUUCCAGACGGCGUUUCCUCUAUUCCUUGGAAUGACUACUACAAUCGACUGAGGAAUGUGUUUUCCAGAGAGAACCGGUCUGGCUUCGCAUCUUCUGAGUAUCAUCGACUUGACGUCACAGCUAAUGUCACUAUGGUUCGUUUCUAUAGGCGAUACUACGCAGAGAGAGACUCCACUGAACUGCGUGGCACCGUGUCUAUCGGAAACGACAUCUGGGAGGGGGAAUUCAAGCUUGAUGACAAAGACCUGUCUCCCUCAUCAGGUGCUAAUGAGAACGUUGCUGGUUCCAAGUUACAACACAAGCUGCUCGAGGACUCGUGGCUUGGCAUCGUGCUAGGGGAACCAUCUGAUCAUUCUCAAGAGGGGCAUGUCUAUGGAUCUUACGUGCUCGUUCUACAAGAGAUUCCUUCGGAUUGA